CUGUUUCACUGGGGUUUGACCCCAGGGAUGAGCCCAGCUGCACCUUUCCACGAGGGAAAGCAGCCUCCUGUCCCUGCCCUCCGACGCCUGAUGCCGGCUCCUCGCCCACUCCCUGGCCAACCAGGCCAGCAUUGGGCUUUUAAAACCCAAACGGGUUCCUCUGCAUUCACUCCCCGGGAGCUGUCCCUGUCCCUGCUCCAACCUUUGCGCAACGCAGCCGCACGGAGCGCGCAGACAACACCUCUGUGCUGAGUCCCUGUCCCCUGCCCAGUGGGUGCCCUGCUGCCGGGGACAGCGCAUGGAGGAGCCCCUGCCCCGGUGCCCUGCAGCAGCUGGGGAGUGCCUGUGGCAGUCGCAGGGAUGUCUGAGACCUCUUCCAGCAAGGAGGGUGCCUCGGCCGAGUGCCCUGUGUGCUAUGAGAAGUUCCAGGCGCUGGAGGCCGCGCACCGCAGGCUGAGCUGCGGGCACACCUUCUGCCAUGACUGCCUGGUGAAGUGCCUGCUCUGCGCCAAGCUCGAUGGCCAGCUCCAGAGCAGCAUCAUCUGCCCCGUCUGCCGCUACGUCACCUUCCUCAGCAAAAAGAAGGCUCUGUGGCCACCCAAAGCAGGCACCAACCCCCGGAUGCUGGAGAUGCCUCUGUCACCUUCCUCUUUGUCCCAUCUGACCAAAACGGAGGCCAGCAACACCUUGGUGGUGCCCAGUCAUUUUGUGAAGCCAGUGCAGAGCUUUGACCAGUGCGGCAGCACAGGGAACAGUGUCCUGGGUGCGCAGGGGGUCCCAGGAGAGCUGGCACGGGAAGCCCAUAUCUUUGUCAUCAGCAACCAUGGGAUGCCGCUGGUGGAUGCAGACUGCGGCUCCCUGGGGAGGAGGAGCAGGGUGGAAACAUGGAGCUCAGUGUCAUCCAGCUCAGCCCUGGGGGUGAAAUGCUGCCAGUCACCCAUCGCCCUCGCCGUCCUCCUCAUCCUCACCGUGGCCAUGCUGGCGGCUGUGCUCCCCUGGCUACUGCUGGUGAAGAGGGACUCAUAGCGGCGAUGGGAUCAACCUGGAGGCUAGAAGGGUUUCACUAAUGCUGGGACAGAGCUAGGGCUGGAACCUGCCUCAAAAGAUACCUGCAGAAAGCCCAGAGGCAGCUUUAGGUGAAGCUUUCUCCUCUGGCCAGGGACUGAAUGGACUUGCAGACCUUUCUGCAGAUCUUUGGGCACUCACAGUGUCACUGCUGUUUUAUGCCUCUUUUGAUUAAAAUAUGGCAGGUCAAACCCUGCUAGUGGGUUCCUCCAGUGUCAGAGAAGGGGGUGGCUCCUCCUGCACCCUGUGACAAGCAUCUGCAGGGAGUGAGGGGGCUGUGCUGGUCCCUCCCCUCCAUCCCAGCUGCUGGUGGGCUGUGACCAUGGCAUCCAAGCAUGCAGAACCCAAGGACAGCCUCUGAGUAGCAGAAGAUCAGGGCUGCCAGGCUGUGGAGCUUUUGGAGGUGCCCAGGCUCCCCAGGCUCUCGGGAUCACUGGGUACAUGAUACAGCCACCCUGGAGCAGAAACUCAUGGAUGUGAAGCUCUAUCGGAAUCUCUGGCUACCAGGCAACAAGGAUAGUGAAACCAGAGGAUGAAGAGAGUGAUCUUGACCCUGUGUGCUCACCAUCCCCUCCACCAGCCAGUGCUCACCUCCAUGGUGAUGGGAAGGGACACCAGUUCAUCCCACAGGCAGUCCCAGCCUUGCCCUCCCUCAUCUCCCCCCCUGAGCUUCCCAGGAUCCUGGCCACCCUCCCAGUGUCACUGGUAUCCCUCCUGCCUUGAGGACCCAGGGGCAGGCAGUGAGGUGUGGGACAGGGAGCUAAACCAAAGGUCUGGACCAUAUAAGGUGCAGAUUUGUGAUCCCAUCCUGCUCUCCUCCCUUUGCCUUGGCAGAGGGAUAUUUCCUUGUCUCCAUAUCCAGCUCCUGAGGCUUAACACUGGGUGGCUCAUCUUCACCUGUGCUGAACAGCUCAGGCACUGUCCUCUCUGGGCCUUGUUCCCCCCAGGGGAUCCUCAGCUCCUCACCCCGCAGGCCCUGGUCUGGGAGGGGAGUGGACAUCUGAGAUGCUCAGUUGAGCUCUGAGAUGCUCUGUGUUUGCUCCCAUUGGAGGGAGCUUGCUCUCAGUGGGAACUGCUGGUCCCUCCCAUGCUGGAACUGCCCAGUGGUGCUGGGGCCCUCAUCACCUCCUUCCCCACCCCAACACAGUGUCUGCACCCUCAUCUCCACCUUUGUCCUCCUGACCCAGUUGCUGGCCCUGUGGCUGCCUCUUUCAGCCCUGUCAUUCAGGAAUGUGCCCUGAGGGCCGCGGUGCUCUCAUGGGCACCCCAAACUGACCAGGAGUAGGAGCAGGAUGUCCCUCACCAUCACCCAUGGGUGGCACACUGUUCCCAUGCUCUCAGAGAGAGGUUCCUGCUGCAUGGCUGAGCACUGGGUAGGACAAGCACUGCCAUCAGUGCCACCGAGGCAGCCUGGAGUCAGCCAGAGCAUUGCAGGGGGACAAAUGGAACCACCUGGGGCUGGGAAGGGUGAUCAGGCUGGUGCAGAGGGGCUGAUGGAAUCCCACCUCUUCCUCUGGGUUACAGCCAGGGCAUGGUGCCUGGGCUGCCACUGCCUGCUCUUGGUGCACUCCCCCCGCCCGUGCCUCAGUUUCCCCACCCACACCUGGGGUGCAGUGACACUGACCCCUGCACUGGGACAAGUGCUUGAGACACCGCACUGGAAUGGGAGGCCUGUUUCUUAAGAACAGAUUAUCUGAUAAUGACACCUCCAUACCUUGUAUUUAAUAAUAAACCUGAUUAUUGGUG